AUGUCCGCUGACUGGGGCUCCUUUUUCCAUCAUUCUUCAGGUACUCGUUCCUCCAUGGAUGAAUCCAAGGCGGAAGUCGGAAGCGGGGAAGAUGAGGUCGUUGAGCCUGAACAGGGCAAUGUGCUGUCUCAUAUCAUUUCCCAGCUCCGACCGGGCGCAGACCUGAGUCGGGUCGUACUGCCUACCUUCAUCCUGGAGCCUCGUUCCAUGCUGGAACGGAUCACCAACUUCAUGGCUCAUCCGGAGACCCUUCUUCCCAUGCCCACGAUCGAUGACCCCCUCGAGCGCUUCGUUUCCGUCGUCAAGUUCUACCUGAGCGGAUGGCAUAUUAAACCUCCAGGCGUGAAGAAGCCGCUGAAUCCGAUUCUCGGAGAGACCUUCACCUGUUACUGGGAUUACCCCGAUGGCACGCGAGGAUAUUACAUCGCCGAACAGACCUCUCACCACCCUCCCAAGUCCAGUUACUUCUUCAUGGCGCCAGAACACCACAUCCGAAUUGACGGGACGUUGAAGCCUCGCAGCAAGUUCCUAGGAAACUCGGCGGCAAGUAUGAUGGAGGGUAUCGCCAUUUUGCGCUUCCUGAACCGCGGCCAAAACCCAGAGAAGGGCGAACGAUACAUCCUGACACAACCGAAUAUGUACGCCCGUGGCAUCCUUUUCGGAAAGAUGAAGUAUGAGCUCGGUGAUCACAGCUACGUCCGUUGUCCCGAAAACAAUCUAGUCGCCGAUAUCGAUUUCAAGACGAAGGGGUACUUCUCCGGCACCUACAAUGCCAUCGGCGGGACGAUCAAGAACGAGAAAACGGGCGAGGUAUACUAUGAGCUGUCCGGACUAUGGACCGGAGAGAUGUUCAUCAAGGAUGUUCACACUCACAAGAAGGAUGUCCUGUUCGACGCAACACACGCGAAACAUACCCCGCCCAGUACCCGGCCGAUCGAACAGCAGGGCGAGCGUGAGUCGCAGCGGUUGUGGCAAAGCACGGUCAAGGCGAUCAUUGCCCGUAACCAUGAGGCAGCAACAGAUGAGAAGACAAAGAUUGAGGACCGUCAGCGUGAAGAGGCCGCUAAGCGGGCCGAUGAAGGAGUGGAAUGGCGUCCAAGGCUCUUCCGCCCUGUUCACGGGGGCCCCGGCGGUCCCGACGAGGGUGAGGAGGACUUGGACUGGAUCAUCAGCGCGCAUAUUGACUCUCAAAACCCUGAACACGCCGCGGAGCAAAUCCUAUCCAUCGCGCCUAUCCUGGAUGGCCAGAAAGACAACAGCCAAUUCCAGAUUCCACCCCACGCACAAAAGCGAGAAGAUCAGACCGCCCCCUCCGCAUCUGACGCUGUGGAUGUAAAGAACACUGGUAAUGGCGCCGACUCCAGUCCCUCAGGUGCUCCCCAGCCUUCCAGCGAGGCCAAGAAUUCUGUAGAACGCAAGGAUUCUCGGACCUCCGAAGUCGAUGAAUAUGUCGACGCGGAAGAGAAUUAA